AUAGAAAUUGUAAUUUACCAGUAAGUGCCAAAACAACAUUCUCAAGAAAUAUGAUGAAAAGGUGAAAACCUUGAAAUUGUACAGAAACCUCAUUGGCAGCGACGAACAUAUCUAUGGCACUCUCUAUCCAAUAAAACUUGACACAUUUAUUAACCACCCUAUCACAGUACAUGUCUCUGAUCGACAAAGUAUUACUGAAAAGAACAAAAUGAUAAACCUUUCUUUGAGGGGGCGCCGGAGGCCGAACUCGGCCGCUGCCAUCUCCACCGUCUUCUCCGCCGAGACCUGUUCCAUCGUGACUCCGUUCCUCGCUUGUUUCACUCUCCCUCUCCGCAGAAACUCCACCAUCUAUCACAACUCCGGUACACAUGCAUUCAACUCCCCUCUCUCUAGCUCAUCUUAAUUUGCAAUCGCUGAUUAGUUUCUCAACUGUUUCUCUGAUCAGCGCUGAGCGAGCGAGUGAUGGAGGAAGACGAGAGGCAGAAGGAGCUGAUCAUGACCUCCACCAUGGACGAUCUCCCAGACUACCUCUUGCUAGAAAUCUUCCAAAGGCUGCCGCUGAAUUCAAUCUUCAGAGCGAAAUCUGUGAACAAGAGAUGGAAUUUCCUCAUAACCGAUCCCUUCUUCCCCCACUGCUACGCGUCGCGCCAACAACAGUGCUCCUCCUUCUCCCCACCAUUCGCUCUCUUCUACAUCGGUUUCAUCCCAGGAUCUAACCACCCUUGCCAAAUAGGCCCUUUCUUUCCCCCAUUCCAACACCAACAAACCUUCACUUUCCCUCUAAACUUCUUCACAUCCCAACUCCAAAAGCUGCAAAGGGAGACACAUUCUCUGCAGCUGAUCGGAUGCAGCAGCGACCUGCUGCUGUUUUCAGGAUCAAAAGGAGACACGUUAUCUGAUACGUACUACGUGUGCAAUCCCUUGACCUUCACAUGGAUCACUCUUCCGCACCCUCCUCGACAUGGACCGAGAUAUCCAGUCGUCGGAUUCAUGGUCGAAGACGAUGGAACAUUCUGGAUAGUCCAGAUUCUGGCAUCCGGCUUCCUCCCCUCGGGCCUCUUAGUAUUCCAAGUGUACUGCUCAACCACAGCCAAAUGGUCGCCCAACCACGUCAUCUGCCCCACCCACUUCGAUUCCUUCACGACCAAAACCACGCAAGUUUACCAAGGCAGCAUAUUGUGGAUGGUGGAAGACGGUCUUCUCUGGUACAACCCGAGAACGGCCAUAAUUAGGGUUUCGGAGCUACCUAACGAUCGGAGGCGGAUACGGGGGAGGCUGGGGGUUUCGUGCGGGCGGCUGAGUUACUACGAGGUGAGUAGGUACGAUCCAGCUUUGAGAGUGUGGACGAUGAGCGGCGGAGAGUGGAUGGUGAAUCAUGUGAUAAGGCAUGAUCAUUUUUGGUCGAGCGAUGAGUCGGUGCAGGGGAAGUUUCUGGCUUUGGCGGAGGCGCGGAGAUACCUGCGGUGGGUGGCGUUCAAUCCCACGGAUUGCGACGUGGUGUUUCUCAAGUGCGAUCGCCAGCUGGUGACUUGCAAGCUCUCGUCUGCGUGCUUGGAGGUUGUGCCUUGUCGCUGCGACCACAGAGACGGCAUUUUUUACAGGUUGGAAUGGGAUGUGAUGCCUCUUGUCUUUAAGCCCUGGCCUACUGCACUCUUCAUUGCUUCUUCCAACCACAUCAUCGAUGCUUCUUAGCUCUAUCUCUAUCUAUUGUUUACUCAAAUCACUACCUCAUAAUCCAUUUGUGCAAAAUAUAGAUAGGGAAACAUUUUAGAAUUUAUUCCCGUUGAUUGUCGCUAUUUCAUUGAAUAGGGAGUAUUUCACUAGAACAUGUCAUGUGUAUCGAUAAAGUUGUUCUAUUGCCAAUUUAUGUGACAUCUUGUUUACUGAUUU